CAUUCAUUCGCUAGUGAAAAGUAUGGCCGAACGAACGUCGUGAAAAAAGUCGCAGCACGGCGCAAACAGUGUCAGUUUUCAUUCAGUUUUGGGUGAACAGAUUUUCAAUUUCGAGUCUUUUUCAUUAUUGUUAUUUUUAUUCAUAGUGGUAAUUUUAGUGUGAUGACAUCAUUUUGACCCCCGCCCGAAUAAAAUUGUGUGUCCGUUGAAGAAGAAAAAAACGAGUGCAGCCUGGCAGAGAGGAAGAGGUGGAGCGAGCGAGCGAGUUGUUGGCGAAGAAGCACUCGAAGAGAAGCCGUCGUGUUUCUUGUUGUGUGUGGUGAAUGAGGGGGAAACAAACAACCGAAGGAAAGAAGAUCGAAGCAAAAGCGACAGCAGAAGAAGAAAAGUGUGUGCAUUUUUGUUAAUUUGUAGGCCGAAAGGUGUGUGAACCGUUCCGGAGAGUCUUGGAAAUCCGGAAGCGGACCGCUGGCUCGUCGUGUAAAAUCGAAAAACGUGACGACUGUCGCCACCGUUGUUCCGCCGCCGAGGUGCGGUGUGUAGGGAAGGACUUCGACGGGAUUUUUUUUUUCUGAAGAGGGAGUCAAGAGAGUAAACUAGUGCAACGAGUGAUUGAGUGCUGCUGCUGGUGGUGAUUCAAGUAGUGAAGACGUAUAUUUUAAGUCGGAAAUCAUGUGGACAAUCAGUAGCCGGGACGGCGGGUUCGUCCUGCUACUGCUGGUGGCUGCCGUCAAUGUGCUCACCGUGCAGAGCUUGAUCCAUUCGCCGCCCCGCAUCAUCAAGCAGCCGCCAACGGAUGAGAUGCUGUUCCAGGUGGCACAGACAGGUGAAAACGAUAAGCCCUUCAUCAUCGAGUGCGAAGCGGAAGGCGAACCGUCACCGAAAUACCGCUGGAUCAAGAACGGCAGAAAGUUCGAAUGGCAAACGUACGACGACCGUAUGUCGCAGCAGCCGGGUCGCGGUACCCUGGUCAUCAAGUCGCCCCGAGACGAGGAUCUCGGCCAGUAUCAGUGCUUUGCCGAAAACGAACACGGAACGGCCACAUCGAACUCGGUCUUCGUGCGAAAGGCCGAGCUGAACUCGUUCAAGGACGAAUCUGCCAAAACGGUCGAGGUGGACGAAGGAUCACCAUUUAAGAUGCAGUGUCAACCGCCGGACGGUUGGCCCCGACCGAACGUUUACUGGUUGAUUCAGAACAUGGAUGGCGGUAUCAGUUCGAUCAACAACUCCCGGAUGACGCUGGAUCCCGAAGGUAAUCUGUGGUUCUCGAACGUGACGCGGUACGAUCAAUCGGAUGAUUUCUACUAUGCUUGCGCGGCUUCGUCGUUGUUCCGGAACGAGUACAAGAUCGGUAACCGGGUGUUGCUGCAGGUUAAGCAGACGGGAAUUUCGGCUGCUCAAAACAAGCACCGACCGGAGCGGCAGUACGUGUCCAGGAAGAACGAGGUCGCACUGAGAGGGAAGAAGAUUGAGAUGUUUUGUAUCUACGGAGGAACACCGCUGCCACAGGUGGUUUGGACCAAGGACGGUCGACCGAUACAGUGGAACGAUAAGAUACAGCAGAAUAAUUACGGUAAAUCAUUGGUGAUCAGACAUGCGUCGUUCGAGGAUCAGGGAACGUACACUUGCGAAUCGUCUAACGGAGUGGGUAGUGCGGAAUCGUACUCGAUCCGACUGGAAGUGCAAGCCGUGCCGUACUUUACCCUGGAACCGGAGAUUGUCAAUGCAGCCGAGGAUGAGACGGCAGAAUUCCGAUGCGAAGCUACCGGUGUCCCGAGGCCAAGCAUUAUCUGGGUCCACAACGGCAAACCGAUCGAUCAAUCGAGGAGCAAUCCGAGACGUAUUGUUAGUUCGAACAAGAUCUACUUCACCAAACUGGAAAAGGGUGAUACUGGUAACUACGGUUGUAACGCCACCAAUGCCCUGGGCUAUGUCUACAAGGACGUGUACCUUAAUGUGCUGGCUUUGGCGCCGGAGAUCACUGAGCCCCCAAAACUGGAAUACACCGUCGAUCGACGCAACGUCACGCUGACCUGCCGAGUGUUCGGUGCUCCCAAGCCGGAGGUCAAAUGGAUCCGCAACGGACGGGAGCUGACCGGAGGUAAAUUCAAGGUUCAAGAUAAUGGCGAUUUGUUCAUUCGCGGAGUCGAAUUUUCCGAUGCCGGUGAGUACAUUUGUUCUGCCAUUAAUAAGCUGGGCGAAAAGUCAGCUCAAGGUGAACUGGUAGUCAAGGAGCACACCAAGAUCAUCGAUGAACCGCAGGAUUAUGAAGUCGUUGCCGGUACUCCGGCUACCUUCCGUUGUAACGCGGUGGCAGAUAGUUCUCUAGAACUAAACAUCGAAUGGUUGACCAACGGGGAAACGAUCGAUUUCGAAAGUCAGCCGCGAUUCGUCAUGACCAACGAUUACUCGCUGACCAUUUCGAAGACCAUCGAACUGGAUACGGGCAUCUACACUUGCUUCGCCCGUACCGAUCUGGACGAAGUGAUGGCCAAUGCUACUCUAACGGUGUACGACCGUCCAAACGCUCCAUCGCUUGAAGGAAUCGAAUGCCAACAAACCGUAGCUACCCUUUCCUGGAAGCCCAACGGUGAUAACCGUUCUCCAAUUCUGCAUUACACCAUCGAAUUCAAUACCUCAUUCACCCCGGAUACUUGGGAAAUCUCGUCCAAAGACGUUCCGGCCACGGAUUUCACCUACAGCGUCGACAUGAGCCCAUGGUCCAACUACACAUUCCGAGUCAUUGCCAUCAACAAGGUCGGUCCGUCGCUUCCGUCGGGACACAGCGAUGUUUGCACCACACAGCCGAGCGUUCCCUUCAAAAAUCCGGACAAUGUGGAAGGUCAGGGAACCGAACCGAACAACCUAGUCAUCCGGUGGACUCCAAUGUCCGAAAUCGAACACAACGCUCCUCGAUUCCAGUAUCGAGUUUACUGGCAGCUGGACACCGGAGUGGAUCACUGGAACACCGAGGACAUUUUCGACUGGCGACAAUUGGAAUUGGUCGUCCGGGAUCAGGAAACUUUCCGCCGGUACCGUAUCAAGGUGGUCGCCAUCAACGAACUCGGCGAAGCCAAUGUUGCUCCCAAGGAAGUUAUCGGGUACUCCGGGGAGGACAAACCUCUGGAAGCUCCUACCAACUUCACACUGAUUCAAGUCACUGCUCCUACUUCGGCGAUCCUCAGCUGGAACCCGGUGACGGAGGAAAGCAUCCGUGGUCACUUCAAGGGUUACAAAAUUCAAACUUGGACUGACGCCGACGGAGAAGAGAACCUGCGGGAAAUUCUCGUAACGGCCGACUCGAAGCAAGCUCUAGUCACGGAUUUCGUUCCGGAUUCGACCAACUACGCCCGAAUUCUCGCCUACAACGGACGAUUCAAUGGACCUCCUAGCACUACCCUGUCGUUCGAUACUCCGGAGGGUGUUCCGAACACGAUCCAAACCCUGGAUGCCAUCCCACUGGGUUCGUCCGCUUUUCUGCUUAAAUGGAAGAAACCACUGCAGCCGAAUGGCAAGCUGACCGGAUACAAGAUCUAUUACGAAGAAGUGAAGGGCACUUCAUUCGGACCUAGGAUGGAACGAGAACCGCACAUCCACGAUAACCGCGUCACGGAAGCCAAACUAGGCAAGCUGAAGCCCAAUACCAAGUAUCGAGUGCACGUCGUCGGUACAACGAAAGCCGGAGAGGGACAAGACUAUUACAUCGAACAGAAGACUGGAAGCGGUGCUGCGGUUGUACCGGAUCAGCCGUACUUUGCGUGGGAACGGCAACCGAACGGUAAUGGCCAAGCGGACGUCAAGGUCACCUGGCAACCGAAUCUAGAAGGUAAACCGGGAUCGCACUUCUUCGUAAAGUAUCGCGUCAAGGGCGACAACCAGUGGCUGAUGACGGAGCCGGUCCUGUACGAGAACCACCACUCCGUGCACGGGCUAGAACCGGACGCCAGAUACGAAUUCCAGGUUGUUUCCGUCGACGGCGAAUACCAGACAGAGUCUAUGACGCAGGAUGUUGAUACCUCUGGUAUUGAAGGCCCCAUUAUCGUCCCGAGCAACAACGUGGCCACGGCCGGAUGGUUCAUCGGAAUGAUGCUGGCCAUUGCGUUCCUGAUACUGCUGUUGAUCAUUAUCUGCAUCAUCAAGCGGAAUCGGGGCGGCAAGUACGAUGUGCACGAUCGGGAAUUGGCGAACGGGCGCAACGAUUACACCGAAGAGGGUGGUUUCCCCGAGUACUCCCAACCUGUUUUACGUGAUUACAGCUUGGACAAUAAAAGCCAGGGCCGACAGUCGCUGGGAUCGCAAAAAGUCGGACCGGAAAGUGAUACUGAUUCCAUGGCGGAAUAUGGUGAAGGUGAUACAGGCGGCCAAUUCACCGAGGAUGGAUCGUUCAUUGGCCAGUAUGUGCCCGGUAAGCCACCGGUCAGUGCUCAGUCCACACCGCAGAAUCCUUCGCUGCAGGGAGCCACCGCCGGAAUGGCUACGUACGUCUAAGCUGCAACCGCAUCGCAACACUCUCUUGUGGAACUGUACGGAAUGAUCAUCUCACUGGAGACAUUUGACUACAACUGGAAACAAAAAUACUGGACGGCAAAUGGAGAGGACAUGCAUCAUGUACACUUUUUUGCGACCGUUUAUUUUGGAGAAUUUUUAUCGUUCAUUUCUGAACUUAUCUGAAUACCGCAGAACACAAUAGACUAAAUACACCCAGCUGGAUUUCAGCUAAGGUUCCGAAGGUCAGUGAAUGCUGACUUUCUUUUGCAAAAUGAUGUAACUCAAAACAAUGUGUUCAUGCAAAUGUUUAGAAACAAGAAAAAAACAAUAGGUCAUCAAGCGAAAAGCCAAGAAAAUUAACCAUUUUCGUUCAAUAGAGACCGAAACACACACGCGAACUACUACAAUCUCAGUACAAACUACAACAAUUUCCAUGUUGGCAGCGAGUUGCUCCCACUCUUGUAUGUUUAGACAACCCCCUUCUCCACGUGCUUUAAUACCUAUAAUAUGUACGAGACGACGAUCCUCUCAAAGAGCUGGAUCGGAUCAAUCGCAAGUAUCUGCUUAAUUAUUAUCUCUUUCGAAAAAAAAGGAAAAGAAAAUCAGAAGGCAUUAUCACCUUCUUCGACUCUCAGUCCGGCCCAAUUAAGAUUCUUUUUUAUGUUUUUAAGUUAAAUUAAUUACCAAUCACUUAGAUCUGACGGCAGAAACCCGAAAAACCAACAUCAACAUGAAUCAAUUUCGUCCAGUAAGAAUGAAUCUCUUCUUUUUAUUUGUACUAGUUGUAAAUGCUUAAAAUGGAGGAAAAAACCUACUACAAUUAUUACGAUUACAAGUAUAAAUAAUUCUCUCUCCGCGUUGCUCGAAAGCAAAGUUGCCAGGAACGGUGUAAGUUUUAUAAGUUGUUGUUAAUUUUAUACCCGUUUAUAAAAUUAGUGAAACAAAUUGGAAUGAAGCGAGCUGCGUUGCGUCCCAUGGGAGGCACGCGCAGCGCGAGAAGGAAGUUUGAUGGUUAGCACAAAAAUGGCAGCCAACAUCGAUUGAAUCUCAACAUCACACACACACACACUCAGAAAACAACACAAGCAAAAUUACUCGAAACAUGAAAAAACGAUCCAAACAAACAAAACACUCACAGAGAGAGAUAUGUCUGUAUAUAAAGCAAACAGUAAAAGAAAGAAAAAGUGCUGCUAUUACUAUUAAAAAAAAACGCUAUUUUAUAUUUUCUCUAAACGCAAAUCUACCUACUUUUCCGGAAGAAAAUGAAACGAAAAUAUUACGUUAGAAUGCAAUUCUCUUCUUUUUUUGACUAUGAUGGAAAACGACGGAAGGGAAGUAACGCGAAUUCCUUCGAUUUACUAGUUUUAAUUGUUUAGUGCGAGAAUCCGGAAAGCUAUAAAUGUUCACUUUUAUUUGUAAUAAAGAAAUUCUUUACAAACAAA